GGUCAGCGCAGCCUCCGGGGGAGGGGAGGGUGUUACGGAGGGAGCGGGCCCCUGGGCUUCGCAGCGGCCGCUUCUACGCCAGAGCCGGCGGGGGCCUCAGGUCCUUCCCAGCGCCGCCGCAACGGGACAUCGCUCUGGCUGGGAGCGGCGGUGGGAGCUGCCGAGGGCGCCGGGUCUUCCCUCCUCCCCCGCGGUCCUCGGUUAACCCGCACGCCCCACCUCCUCAGCUCCCCUCCCUCUACUCUCCGCGCCUCUCCCGGCCCCCCCGUCUCCGCAGGCCAAGUGGUGCGGCCCGCCUCCAGCUGACCGGCCUGGAAUCCCGGCUCGGAGCCCCGGACUUGCGCCUGCCCGCGCGCCCGCUCCCUCCCCCUCCCCCGCCCCGAGCCCCUCGACGCCGCCGCCGUCGCCGCCGCCGCCUCCUUCGAGCGGGGCCCAGGCCCAGCCGCUGCCACCGCUGCCGCCGCCGAGCUCCGCCGCCGCCGCCGAGCACCAUGGGAGACGCCGGGAGCGAGCGCAGCAAAGCGCCCAGUCUGCCGCCUCGCUGUCCCUGCGGCUUCUGGGGGUCCAGCAAGACUAUGAACCUCUGUUCCAAAUGCUUUGCUGAUUUUCAAAAGAAACAACCAGACGAUGAUUCCGCUCCAAGUACAAGUAACAGCCAGUCAGAUUUGUUUUCUGAAGAGACCACCAGUGACAACAACAAUACCUCGAUAACCACGCCAACUCUUAGUCCCAGCCAGCAGCCACUUCCGACAGGACUGAAUGUAACUUCACCAAGUAAAGAGGAGUGUGGGCCAUGCACAGAUACAGCUCAUGUCUCGUUAAUCACACCAACCAAAAGAUCCUGUGGUACAGAUUCACAGUCUGAGAAUGAGGCCUCGCCGGUGAAACGGCCACGACUACUGGAGAAUACUGCACGAUCCGAGGAAGCCAGCCGAUCUAAACAGAAGAGUCGACGUCGGUGCUUCCAGUGCCAAACCAAACUGGAGCUGGUGCAGCAGGAAUUGGGAUCGUGCCGCUGCGGUUACGUGUUCUGUAUGUUGCAUCGCCUCCCCGAGCAGCAUGACUGUACGUUUGACCACAUGGGCCGCGGCCGAGAGGAAGCCAUCAUGAAAAUGGUGAAACUGGACCGGAAAGUGGGGCGCUCUUGCCAGCGCAUCGGGGAGGGGUGCUCCUGAAGGCCGGCUCGGCCGCCACGUGACGCUGUUCUUAGUUCACUAAUGUUAGCCUUAUUUAGGACAAAGUCAGCCAGACACCUUGUACUGGGCACGCGUCAGACUACAGCCAGUCCGUUUCCUUUCCUUAGCCAGCCAUCCUGGUACUGUAGUUUAGGGGUUGAUGGUGGUUGAAAUUGAUUUCUGGCUGGUUACUAAGGUGCCUGCUAGCCAUUGUAUAAAAUUAAAACAUGAAGAAUAUUUUUUUUGAGCAUGGCUAGUGGAUUUAAAACAACACAUACCUGUCACUGCUGGAGUCAAACUUAUAAAAAGCCUUAAGCGGAAAGUGUUCCAGAUGGAGACUGAGUCAGUAGAGGAGGAGAAGCUGGUGUUCAAGUCCCCACGACGCACGUGGCUUUGCCGGAAACUCUGGUUAGUGUUCGGCCCUCACCUCUUCACUAUCCUUAGUCCCAGUAGCCAGGAUACCUGAUGGCCACGCGUGCCUGGGCCACGGGACGCUGCUGAGAUUGGCCCUGUGGCUGGGCUGGGUGGUGGCCUCGCUCUCCCACUGAGCAGGAAAUGGGGGUGGGGGCAGGUUCUUAAGAGAAUUUUUUACCUGACUUGCUAUGAAAAAACUCUCUCAUCACAUGAGAAGAGAAACAGUAACCUCACUUUGAAAAUUAGCUCCACUCAAGAGUAGUCCACAAAUGAGAAUCACCUUUUCUACACAGGACCCUUGGUCAUGAGAGGCGACCAGGGGCGCACCCUGACCCCACUGGCUCUGGUUUGCCAUUUGCCAAGUGCAGGGAUCUGGCAGUUGAUCAAAUAAGGCUAAUUGCAGCACAGCAACUGUGGCCUACAGACUGGCCUCUGCAGCUAGAUUUCUAUAUUGGAGUUUUUUAAAAAGAUGUUUCAUAGCCAACAGGAAUCAAUAGAAGUGCUGGGAGCUGCUUGCAGCUCCAUCCCUUCCAGCAGGAGCUUGCUCAGCCCCUCCAAGGCCGAGAGGACAAUGCCUUGGCCUCACCUCUCAUGUCUGUGCAGCCCCGUAGUCCAAGGGCAACCAGUCCACUUCUACCGCAGCACGUUUAGUAAGGGGCAGGCAGCAGAUGUCACAGGGACAGAGGUUGAUCUGUCUAGAACAGUGGUUCGAGGCCGUGGCCCAGCCUGAGAGAGAUGUUCACUCAGGCCGGUGGGGAGAGGGCCUGUUUCUCAGCAUGUGCCUCUUCAGUGGGCAGAGAGGAGUUGAGUGGAGGCAGUAGCUCAGGCCAGGUGGGGAUGGGGUGGGCAGAUAGGAGAAGAUGAUGCCCUUUAAAGCCUGCGCAGGGGUGAAUGGGCCCAGAGCCCCAUGUGAUCUAGGCUGGUGAGGGUCAGAGGCUCCUGCAGAGGCAGUUUAGUUUGGAUCUGCCCACACACAGGCUACUGGAAUAGUUCAACCUGGCAACUUACCCUUUUAUACCCACGACAAAUGUUUGCUCAACUCUGUCCAUAAAUUAACAGUUAAAUACCUGCGACUACAAAUGUUUUUGGUCGGAAAUACUGAACUAGGAAAUCAUGCUCUUCCCAACCUCCUCUCCCACCCCACCCCCACCAGAGUGGAAUCCGCUGCAAAAUCUCCAGCCUUAAUUCUUGCUUCAGGACCCAGACCGGCGUCUUGCUUUAGGGCAGCCCAGGGCAGAGGGGCUAGGUCUGCCUGCGUUUACCACUGUUGUCAAGCCACGGCCCUCUGGCCAGUACCUGGCCAUCCUCAGUGACGAGGCCCACCUCGGUCCCCCGCCAAGCUCUGAUCAUGAAGAGGCCACCAGGAGCCCUUCCGGCCCUCCUCAGGCCCCACCGGCUGCUGCUUCCAGGCAGCGAUGGGAAGCAGGCUCUCCGGGAAGCCUGGCCGCACACAGGGCUCGCAGCCCAUGAUCACUUCCUGAUGGUAGAGCUGGGGGGGGGGUGGGGGGGGGGGGAGGGCUUGUUCCCCUGCAGUAUCUGUUCUGUGAAGUUUGUUAAAUGUAAGGAAAGCUUAAAUUCUUGUAUCUUUAAAAGAGAAAAUCUUAUUUAACCCUUUUGUGUUCUAGAUUUACUUACACACAUAGCCUAGAGCUCAGUUUUAGUUUUAACAUUGUGAAAAUAUUAAAAGAAUCUUGUAACUUUAUUCUUUUCCUCCUGCUGAAAAAAAAAAAUUAAACCAAUCGUA